AUGUGUGGGUUUCUCUCUCCAGACAUGCAGAGCCUCCGAGUCUUCAUGACACUUCUUUGCUGCGCCCUGCUGUGCCCUGUGGAUGCCAUGCCAUAUCCUGAGCAGACAAGUGUCUCCAAGAUGCACCUUCCCUCAGUCCUGGAAUCCCAGCUGCCCUCCUCCGAUCCUUUGCCUUGCCGGGCCCUGCUCCCAAAGUCCCUCCCUGGCUUUACUCACUUGUUCCCGCUCUCCAAGUUCCUUAUAGGUUUGGCUCUCAGGAGUGCGCUGGAGGCAGCUGGUUGUCAGACAGAUGCGGUGGUCCUGCAGAUUCAGCUCUACCGCCUGGGGGGCGUGAAGGCUACACAGGCCCUCACCCACUAUCUUCAGAGACUCCAGAAAGGCAGAAACCCCCACUUGAGAGUGUCAGAGGAGGCCCUGGUCUCUGCUUUGCAGUUCUUAGCCAGGGAACAGCCAGGUCCAAAGAGAGCCCAGCGUUCCCUCUCCAGCGUGCACUGUGAGAAUGAGCGGGAACAGGGCGUGCACAACAUCGUCCAGCUGCUGCCAGCAGUAGGAGCCUACUAUAACCUGGGCACAGCUUUGUACUAUGCCAUUCAGAAUUGUUCUGACAAGGCCAAGCAACGGGGCCAAGAUGGGGCCAUAGAUCUGGGUUAUGACCUCCUGAUGACCAUGGCUGGUCUGUCAGGGGGGCCCACCGGUGUAGCCAUCAGUGCUGCACUUAAACCAGCAUUCAAAGUUGGGGUUCUGCAGCUGAUCCGGUAUUAUUACGAUGAGAAAGAGGCAAACACUUCUCAGCCCGAGACCAGAAAGGAUGGCUUGUGGGUCAUCCCAGAUGUAAGUGACAUGGAGGAAAAAACUACCCGGGUCCCCAUGGUGCCAGAAGCCGCAAAUUCAACCUCCUACUGGGGAUGGAUCUUAUUAAGGAGCUAUGGCUGA